GUGGGUAUAAUUUUUAUUUUUUAAUACAUGUUUCGAAACAAAUGUAGAAGUAAUAUUUUCUAUCCUUCCACAGAGAUAUUGCUUGGCCAUCCCUGUAACCAACUUUAAUUGUAUAAUUGUAUAUUUGUAUUUUCAUUCUUCUCUUGUCGUAAUCUUAUUAUUUCUUUGCUUUGUUAGUUUAGAUUAUAAGAUCAUUUUUCUAUUCCACGAAGAGUAUCAUCGAAACAUUGAUAAGAGUGUUAUUAUUACCAAAUAAAGGUAAACGGCAAACUAGUUACAUCUAAUUUUGAAAACUACCGAGGAUUGUUUCAUAUUUGUUAUAAAGAAUAUAUAUAAUCAUGUCAACUCAAAUACAAACCAAUAACGACGAUAUUCAGAGAAAAAUAGCUUCAGCCAGACAAGAAGCUCGAACUCUUUAUAAUGAAGUUGAGAAAGUGAGAAUAAGGACAAAAGAUGCCAAUUUAGUAGAUUUCAGUACCAAGAUAGAACCAUUUCCUAAGAAUUACAACAAUCUAAAAAUAUAUAAUACUUUAAAAGGGCAUCAAACCAAGAUUGCAAAGAUUAAAUGGAGUUCAGAUUCUACCAAAAUAUUAUCCGCCAGUCAAGAUGGAUAUAUGAUUAUUUGGGAUGCUAUAACUGGAUUUAAAAAACAAGCCAUAACUCUUGAAAAUCAAUGGGUUUUAACAUGUAGUUAUUCCCCCAAUCAGAAAUUAGUGGCCGCUGCUGGAUUGGAUAAUGUUUGUACGAUAUAUAAAAUCAAAUCUGAUGGAGGUAGAGGUCCUGGUGAUAGUUCUGAGAAUGGUUAUCAAAUGUAUGGGAAUUUCUAUCAAUCGGUUCAAUCGAUAUUCAAAGGUCAUACUGCUUAUAUAUCCGAUUGUGAGUUUAUCAGUAAUAAUCAAAUAAUAACAGCCAGUGGAGAUAUGACAUGUGCAUUAUGGGAUAUAUCAAGAGGGAGUAAAGUACGGGAUUUCAUUGAUCAUUUAGGUGAUGUGUUAUGUCUAGAUGUGUUUUCACCCUUGAAAGAAAGUAAUAAUCCUAAUUUAUUUAUAUCAGGUUCAUCAGAUGGGAAUGUUAAACUUUGGGAUUUAAGAUCUCAAUCAGCCAGUCAAAAUUUCUUUGUAUCGAAUAGUGAUGUUAAUACUAUAAGAUUAUUCCCCGAUGGGAAUUCAUUUAUAACGGGAUCUGAUGAUGGAUAUAUUCGAUUAUUUGAUUUCCGAUCCGAUUGUGAAUUGAAUACUUAUUCAUUAGCUAAUGAAUUAGCCCAACAACAACGUCAAAAGCAAAUACAACAACAUCAACGAAUCAAUCAGAAUGCAAAGCAACCAUUAUUCUCAUUCCAUAGAAAUAAUCAAGGAUCUAAUACACCUACUAAUGAAAGAUUUAGUUUACAAAGUAUAUACUCUAGUAUUGAAAAUCCAGGAGUUUAUUCGAUUGAUUUUAGUAAGAGUGGGAGAUUAUUCUAUGCUUGUUAUUCCGAGUUAGGAUGUUUGAUAUGGGAUACAUUGAAACAAGAAAUCAUUGGAUCAGUUGGUAAUGAUCAUGUUAAUAAAAUCAAUCAAGUAACUGUUAGUCCUGAUGGUAUUGGAUUAGCUACUGCAUCAUGGGAUUCUACAGUUAAAGUUUAUUCAGCAUGAACAACAACAAUUCCAUAUUAAUUAUUUUAAAUUUUUUAUUUUUAAAUGAAAUAUAGUAAUAUAUAAAAUAUAUAUAUAUAAAGUAAAAUAGAAUAUACACGAUCAAGAAAAGAAAUAAGAUAAAGAUGAAUGGAUAGGAUUAGAC